UGCUCGUGUAAAUGUACAUAUGUUAAAAAUGAUAGUGGUAAUAGUUAUAUAAAUAAAAAUAAAUAAAAUUUUUAAAAAAUAAUCCCGAAACUUAUUAAAAAAAUACCUACUAAAAGAAAUAAAGUUAAGUUAAAUAUAUAUACAUUUAAAUUCAUUUUUUCUAAUGGUCAUUUUACGUCUUAACAUCUAAUCGUAGAAAAAAAAAAUAACUACUAAUCGCAAAUAUCCUUUUUGCUAAGCUUCCUAACCUAUUAUAGUAUGGAAUAAUGGACAAGAAUAAUCUCAACUAUUAGUGAUCUGCUUGAAAUAAUUCAUAGCAUCAAUUAUCUCAAAAUAAUCCAAACCAUUGAAAAAUCUUCUCAAAAUACUCCGGUGACUUAUAAUUAUCCGUAAUAUUAUAAGUUAUUUACGGAUAAUUAUAAGUCAUUGGAGUAUUUUGAGAAGAUUUUUCAAUAGUUGGGAUUUUUUUUGAGAUAUUGAUACUUUGGAUUAUUUCAAGCAGAUUACUAAUAGUUGGGAUUAUUCUUGUCCAUUUUUUCCUUAUAGUAUUUGUUCUAUGUUAAGGCCAACAUCAUUGAACUUGGAUGAGAUUCGUACGUGUGACCUCCUUCUUGGGAGUGUCACAGUGAUGUCCCCAGAUAACAAGGUAGUUGACAGCUAAUCACAAAUAUCUAAGUUACUAAACAUUUUACAUUAAAUCGACAAUGAAAGCGGUUGGUUAAAACAACUAAUAGAAUCGGUUAGUAUCAAUCAGUUGAUUCAACCAAUUAUCAGUUAGCAGUCAACCUCUAAUUGUCACACUCGUUGAUAUUUUUAGUCAUCAGCUUUACAUGACAAAAUCACACUAGAAGAACUGGAAAUGUCAAUUUCACAAUAUUUAAGAGGCUAAAUGUCGUGAAUUCUAAAGUCGGGGAUUAAAAAUAUCUUCCUCACAAAAAUUUGACCAAUUUAUUCGCCGAAGUUUUGUUUUUUUACCAAUUUGUCUCUAAAAGUUUUAUUUACUAAUUUGAUAGACUGUCCUUUUUUAUCAAUUUGGUAAUUUGGCCAAAGCUAGACUAAGGAUGUUUUUACUUGGACUGUAAUUUGUUGGUUCUGUCUGGUCUGAUCUAUUUUAGUCUGGUCUGGUCUGUUUUGGUCUGUUCUGGGUUGGUCUGGUCUGAAAUUUUAUUUUUUAUAUUUUUUGCAUAAAGAUUCCAUAAAUAAUUAUAUUUUAUUCAUUUAUAAUUAAAAAUAAUAAUAUUCCUUCCAAAUUAUCGAAAAUUAUUAUGGUUUAGAUAUAAAUAUAUCUUUUAGAAACAUAAGCGACAUGGAGCUGCAGUUGCUAAGAAGCAUAUGCCAUAUCUUCAGUACCUAGAAGCUUUAUUCCAAGGACAGACUGCACAUGGUGUAUGAGGUAGCUCACUUGCUAGCGCUAGGACAACACCCAUUCUCAAUAGUAAUGUCGCGGUCCAAAAGACUCAGAACAUAAACACCGAAGAAUCUUUUGAUACCGGUAGUGAUAGUUCGGAUGAAAAUGAAAGUCAUGAUACAGUUUAUGGUGAAAAAAGUGAUUCACCUAUUAUGGUAGAUCAAUCAUCCGCAUCAACUAAGAAGCGAAAGGGAAAAAACAAUGUCGGUGAAAGCUUAGCACGAAAGCGAGGGAAAAUAGAUAGAUGUUUAGAAAUCGUGAGCCUUGCUUCUGCAAAUGAGCGAUCUGUGAUUGAAAAGGUGGCUAAACUUCUUGAUGAGAUGGAGGUUGACAAGAAAUACGGUGAUCAAUAUUAUGUGGAUGCUAUGACCUUCUUAAGUGAAAGUAAUAAGGGUGAGGUCUUUGUGACACUUCGAUCUGAAAAUCAGAGGUGGAUGUUUCUACAGAAAGGAGUUCCUUACUGCAUGUGAUAUUUAUUUUCAGCAUGCUAAUUAUUUUGUCUAUUCGUUUUGAACUUUUUCUAUGUUUGUUUGAACUAAAAUUAUGUGGAUUGUUAUCUUUUACAAACAUCUCGUGUUAUCGUUGUUAUAGCAUGUGUUUACCAUUUUUUUUAAUGGGCAUUGGAAUUCAUUAUUUGACUUGUGUAAAAUGAAUAUUGAAGUUAGGCGGUCAUGUUUGCAUUAGAAGAGCUCAGAUCAUUACUAGAAGAUGAUGAACAAAAGAAAACUAGGAUAUCAAUGAGAGUAGGUGGAGAAACGAGAGGUGAAUAUAUACAUAGAAUGUUGAAUGGUCAUCCUGGAUUGUGUAAAGAGCAAUUAAGGUUGACAAAAGAAAUGUUCAUCCACCUUGUGAAUAUUAUGGUUGAAAGAAAUUUAUUAAAAGACAGCAUGUUCAUUCAUGUGGCGGAGCAAAUUGUAAUUGGUCUUUAUAUAUUGGCCAAGGGAGCUUCUUACACAGAUGCAACUGAUGUUUUUAAGCAUUCUUUGAGAACCAUAUGCAAAUAUUUCAAUCUAGUAUUGAAUGCCUUGGUUGAGUUAUCCUUUGACAUAAUUUGAACACAUCACAAUUUGUUGGACGUCCACACCAUAGUUUUCAACAGUUCCUUAUAUUGGCCGUAUUUCAAGGAAUAUUUAUGAAUUAUUCAACAUUUUUAAAAGUCAACGAAAACUAAUUUAUUUUUGUAUAUGUGUUAGACUUUAUUUAUGUUUUUUAUUUAUUGUAUUAGAAUUCAGUUGGAGCAUUAGAUGGUACUCACAUAGAAGCAGUUAUAUCAGAUGCAAAGGGGGUGCCGUUUCGAGGACACAAAGGAAACAAAACCUGGAAUGUCUUAGCAUGUUGUUCAUUUGAUAAACUAUUCACGUUUGUCAAUAUUGGCUGGGAAGGAAGCGCUCACGAUGUAAGAGUGUGGGUUGAUUCCUUAAUGCAAUAAAAAUAUCAUUUUUCUCAUCCCCCACCAGGUAAAUAUUACUUAGUAGAUUCAGGGUAUCCAAACACACUUGGAUAUUUAGCUCCAUUUGAUGAUGUGGGAAUGAGGAAACAUGUGCCAAAAUUUUGUGCCGGUGGCAAGAGGAGUAAUGGAACAUUUUAAUUAUCGCCAUUCAUCACUGAGAACUACCAUUGAAAGGGCAUUUUCGUAUAUGAAGAAAAAG